ACUUUGGUUUGUAUAAAAACCCAGUAUGCUUGUAAAUAAUGAUUCGUAUUUCCGAGGCUGUUAUUUGUGUUCUGGACUCAACUGGCUGGGCUAGGCAGUUAGGAAGGACCGAAUAGCACUCAAGACGGCUCGUACGUAUUUCAAGUAUCAUUUGCAUCCGAUCAGUAAAAUCCACUCCUCUCCUAAUUGCACGUUCAUAUAUAUUACGAGUGCAUACGAUAUAACAACUGACGACAGGGUAAAAAAAUGGCUCUAACUUCCGAUCAAUUUCAGUUGCUAAUCCAGCGACAAGAGCAGCGCUUCAGAAAGAGUCAAUUGGAAUUCAUUGACAAGUUACAUGCAAAGCUGCUGAAUCACCCAUGUUUUGGGGGUGCAACGGAAGUCGACGCAUUAAUUUUUAAAUUGCGUACAGAGCUGGAAAACGAUUGCAGAAUGAAUGAAUAUACCGGGGAAAGCCUCUAUGAAUCCGCGAAAAACAGUAAUUUAAAUGCAGCAGUAGCAGUUCUACAUGAUCAGCCCAGUAGUCCGGUACUGCCUGUUUCAGAGACAUGCCCUAUACACGGUCCAAGUCCUAUUAACCCCGAAAACGGACGUGCAAACAGUGGAUCAACCUGUUUACAGAAAGACAAUGUUUUGCUAAAUGCUCAUGAAAUUGCUGUAGUACACGCCCACGAAGAAACGGGAGACAAAUCGAGCAGUAUAUUGAAUACAGUGGCGCCAAAUGAAACUAACCAUGACACAAAAAAUGUUUCUAAUGAAUCUAAUGAUCAAAAUUCUGUAAUUGUUCUGCCAGAUUUAUAUUAUUUUGAUGAUUCAUAUGUUCCUGUUGAACUCUCUUAUAAAAAUGAGAGAAAAAUAUCAGAUGCAUUAAAUGAUAAUCAAGAAUCCACUGAUUAUGACUCAUUAUCUGCCAAUGAGGUUCCGAAAAAAUUGAAGCAAACUGUUUCACAAGAAUCGAAAGCUGGUGACCUCAAAUUGAAUGUCGUCGAUCCUCACGAUCUGAUCAGUUCUGGUGGAUUCUCUGUUAAAUACGACGAAUGUGUUUUAAAUAAUGUCACAAUAAUGGUAACUUGGGUACAUGAGGAUCCAACAGUCUUUCGUGGGGGAGGAUGAAUUCGAGAAAUUAAAAAUCCGGAUGUCGACUCCGGAUUUCUCAAAAAGGGGAGGUGUUAUAUCCCCUGGUGAAUUAUGAAUCGUAAAUCUGAGGUCUAUUAUCGACCAAUGUAUUAUGCCUAUUUCUUAUUGUACAGUUGUUACGUAACUAAAUUAUUCAUAUUUGUGUUUCUCUUAUCAUUAGCUUUAUUUUGAUCUUUGAUUUAUGAUCAUACGAUUCUUGAGUUAUAAUCAGUUUAUUGAUUACUUUGGUUUGUAUAAAAACCCAGUAUGCUUGUAAAUAAUGAUUCGUAUUUCCGAGGCUGUUAUUUGUGUUCUGGACUCAACUGGCUGGGCUAGGCAGUUAGGAAGGACCGAAUAGCAAUCGAGACUGCUCGUACGUAUUUUCUGUAUCAUUGCACGUUUCAUAUACAAUAACGAUUGUUAUACGAGUCAUAACAAAUUGGCGACGGCUAGG